AUGGAGUACCUCGACUCUUCCUGGCUCCCGGGAAAUUAUUCCUCUAAAGACCCUGUUGUUAAAGAGGUGAUAAAAGAGGAGAUAGAGGAGGAGAUAGAGGAGGAGAUAGUGGAGGAGAUUGAGGAGGAAAUUGAGGAGGAAUUCAGAAAGAAAGUUGUAAAGGACCAGCCCUCUGACUCUAGCUGGAGCGAAAACUACGACUACACUUCUGUCGAUGAGGAAGCCCUGGAGAAGGAGAGAAAAGCCAAAUCUACUCUUGAAGAGGCCUUGAAGAAAGAGAAAACCGUUACAGCUCAACAUAAAGAAGACCUGAAGCAAGAGCGAAAGGAAAAAGACGCUCUUGCAAAGGCUCUGGAGAUGAAGGAAGCUGAAAAGAACUCUAUUCGUGUUGAAAGGGAGUGCAUGAAGGCACAAAUAGCUGAUCUCAAAAAGACACAGAAAGAGCAGCAGCGCAGAAAAGAGAAGCUGAAAGACACAAUCUCUGAAAUGAACUGUGACCUUGAAGACGACAAGAAGGUGAUUAAGAAGCUCCAGAAAGAAUUGCAGGCAUCCUCCAGUCAGCAUGAAAGAGAAAUCUCAGAAAUGAUUUUGGUGAAUACUGCCCAAGAAAAAAAACUCAAGGAUUGCCUCAAUGAGGAGAAGGAGGAAUGUUUGACAAAAAAAAAAGAAAUUGAAUCCUUGCGCUCAAAUAUCCAGAGUCUCCAAAACGACAAAGAAGCCAGGGAUAGUAUUCUUUCCUCACUGAAUGAUAAAGUUAACAACUGGGCUUCAGAACACAAAGAAGAGCGAACAAAAAACCUCUCACUGCAGAGGGACUACGAGGCUGUUGUCUCCAAGCAAAAGAAGGAGGCACAAGAACUGGACCUUCUGAUUCAGGAGAACCAACACCUCGCCCUUCAAAACAAAAGGCUGCAUUGUGACCUGAAGGCUGCUCUAAAUCAACAGCAGUUUGAGGAAAGGCAGCUUCAGGCUGACAGAGAAGCUUGUAGCAGAGAGGGGGAGGCCAUUCGGCAGGAGAAGUCUGGUUUAUCCAGAGCCAACAAAACGAUCCAGAGCCAAGAGAAAGAGCUAUCAAAGAAGACUCUGGCUUUGGAGAAGAGCCUGACCGCCGAAAAACUUCUCAGGUCGUCUCUCAAAAGUGAGAAGAAGCGCUUUGAGAAGAUGGUUGUAGAAAAGCAGGCUGCAGCUGGACCUAUGACAAUACUCAUUAACCAACUGAGAGAAGCAUCCAUGUCCUCAGAGCAUUUGAUAAAAGAUAUGCAGAUAUUGAGGAUGGAGAAAACCGACAUCAUGGCUAAACUCCAUGUCCUAGAAAAACAACAUGACAGAGUGAGAUCUGAACACCGCUCUCUCUCUAAGCGCCAUGAAGAGAUGCUGUCAAUCAAAGAUGACACCCUCUCUGAGAACCAGUUUACCAUCACUAAGCUCCAGUGCAUGGUAGAUGAACUCCAAGCGAAGGAGUCAGAGACCCAGAAAAGCAAGGCAGAAUUUGAAGAAGCCUUAAAACAGGACAAGACAAGAAACUCUGAGCUUCAGAAAAGACUCGAUCACACCUCUUCUGCUCUGGAAAAAGAAAGGACCAGGUGUGAGAAGCAUCGUGUCGAGCUCAAGGAAGCAGUGACAAAGCAGAUUGAAACCCUGGAGGAGAAGCACAGAUUGGCUGUGUCUCUGCAAAGAGCUCAGGAAAUCUUCCCCAUGAUUCAGGAACAACAACGUGCUGAGACAAAUGGUCGUCAAACCAGCGACUCUGAGCUCAGGCUCAGCGAGAAGAACGCCGCCCUGGAUGAGAGCAGAAAGGCACUUUACCACCUGCAGCAGGAGUACACAGAUCUGGGGAAGAGCCACUGCGUCAUCAAUGCGGAUUAUCGCGAGCUGCUUAAAUCUCACACUGCCCUCCAGGUCAGACAUGAGAGGCUCAGCUACGCACAAGGAAACGCACGCCCAGAUUUCAGUCCACAUUGUUUCACAGUGUAA